CUCUUCUCUACCCAGGUCGAGGAAUAUUCUAGAUGAUUUCCGCGAGGCCUACUAUUGGCUAAGGCAGAACACAGAGGAGCAGGCCAGAGUGAUGUCGUGGUGGGACUAUGGCUAUCAGAUAGCAGGGAUGGCCAAUCGGACCACGCUAGUGGACAACAACACCUGGAACAACAGUCAUAUAGCACUGGUGGGCAAGGCCAUGUCGUCCAAUGAGAGUGCAGCGUAUGAGAUCAUGAGGUCUUUGGACGUGGACUAUGUGCUUAUUAUCUUCGGUGGCGUGAUUGGCUACUCUGGUGAUGACAUCAACAAGUUCCUGUGGAUGGUGCGGAUCGCAGAGGGAGAACAUCCCAAAGAGAUCAGGGAGAGUGACUACUUCACCCCCCAGGGAGAGUUUAGGGUGGACAAAGCGGGGUCUCCCAUCCUACUCAACUGUCUGAUGUAUAAGAUGUCGUACUACCGCUUUGGAGAGAUGCAGUUGGACUUCCGGACGCCGCCGGGUUUCGACCGGACGCGUAACACUGAGAUCGGUAACAAGGACAUCAAGCUGAAACACCUGGAGGAGGCGUUCACCUCAGAACACUGGCUGGUCCGGAUCUACAAGGUCAAGAAGGAGGAGAACAGGGAUCCCCUGGUGCACAGCCCCCGCAGCAGCAGCAGCAGCAGACAAAAGUACACCUCUAAAAAGACGGCGAAGAGGAAGCGUGGUCAUGUGAAGAACAAACUUGCCCUCAAGAAAGGCAAGAAACCGAGCAACAGGAAAUCAGUUUAACCAUAAAAACGACCACAAAGGCGCUACGAGAGAGAGAGAGAGAGAGAGAGAGAGAGAGAGAGAGAGAGAGAGAGAGAGAGAGAGAGAGAGAGAGAGAGAGAGAGAGACAGAGAGACA